UGGCACGACGGCUCCUACCUCAGCAAGCUGCUCAUCACUCGCGCCCAGCAGGACCACUCGGGCAUGUACAUCGGCCUGGACGCCAACAAUGGCUACAGCUUCUGCAGCCCCUUCCUCACCCUGGGGCCAUACCCAAAGUCGCUAGGGCCACCCGUGGACCCCUCGUCCUCAGCCACGAGGCUACUGUGGCCCGUGAUCAUCCUGGGCACCAUCCUGGGCACGGUGCUCCUGUGAUUCUGCCAGUCCAAGAAGAAGCCGUGCACGCCUGUCCCCGCGCCCUCUAGACCGCGGCAGGAGCAAGGACCUGCCCCUGUCACCAGCCCUCCGGGGCUGUGUGAAGAGUUUGGCCCGGUGGCCCCCCAGCACCUGCUGGGCCCUAGGUCAGCUGCCGGCCCCAAGCUUUACCCCAGACUCUACACAGACAUACGCGUGUGCAUGUACAAGCACACACACUCACACACAGUUGCACACACUGACGUCUCACAGUCACACCUACACACCUGCGUCUGUAGCUUCGCAUAUUUAUCUUGUUAA